AUGGGCACUUGUCAGGAACUUCCAUGUCGGAUCUUGUCCAUCUUGGAAACGAGGUCAUCGCAGAUUCUGGUCAGAGAAAAUGGAAAAAUCUUCCAUGGAGUUCAGGUCUGUUGCAAAUUGGUCUUUUUCUUUCCGAACCUUCUGGAUCUCAGCUUUGGCAGGUUGCUUCUGUCUCUGGGCCUCCUUCCUCGCCCCGUACACAAUCCCCUCAAACCCAUCCACGAUCUUUCCCAUCUGCAGGCGCUUUAUGCAGAGCGCAUCGUGCUCUUCAGCACCAGGCUCUCCUUUUGUGUCACUUCCGGGCUGCGUCCUGGUUCCUGGGGUGUACGGCAGCACGUCCACGAUGGGCGGCAAGGGCAGCGGCACAGAAAUCCACCGGUGGUCCCAGAAAACCAGCUUCCUCCCCACCAGCCUCAGGCGGACUUCCCAGGAAGGUGCAGCCCGAAACUCGUGCACUUCUCGUCUCAGGGGAGCACACGCGAGUCUCUGAGGGCUGCCCUUUGGGAGCAGGUGAACUUGAGGGAAGUGGGCUGUUUCUGCAGGCCGACUUUCCAAACAGGAAAUCCUAAACCGCUCCACCCCGGCGGUGUACCUAGAACCUCAGCUUGUCCCGGAAGUACUCCCGCCCUCUGGUCCCAGGCAGCCGCGGGCAGGCUGAGCGGAAGCGGCGCGGAGGCAGGGGACCAGGCGGUGGGCCCCCUGAUCCGCCUGCGGGUGGGAGCCCAAGUGCGCCAAGAAGCCGCGGUUCCCUCCUCGCCCGUCGCCCCUUCGGCCCCUGCGGGGGCUGUACCCCAGGCGUGCCAUCCGCCGAGGCUGAAAGCACCUGCCUGCUCGGAGGUUCCUGAGGAACUCACUGUCUAUACCUUCCUUGUAUAUUCAAGGUGGAGAGCGCUCAACUGUAUUUCAAGUUGCAAUCUGAUUAAAAUAUUGGAAAGCAAAUUUGCCAGUCUCCUUCUCCAUCAGAGUGUGAUUGAGCUUCUGCCAAUGAGACAGCAACUGCAUGAGUUUUUGGAAGGCAGGAGGAAGAAACAAUUCCUGAUGGAAACAGAAGAGACAUUGGCCAUGGACACGUGUCUAGUUUAACCUGCGCUUCCGGAGCAAGGUUGACAGCAAUUACUACUCGCAGCCCUUCAGCUUUGUCUCCAGACACGCAGCUCCCUCAUCUAUCUUUCAAAAGCACAGGUCUUAUCAUGUUACACCUCCCACCUCCUGUCUUAAAAAAUGUUUAGUCUUGAUCAAGGGCAAGAGAACCCUUGGGGCAGCCAGAGACUGAGCAGCAGGGAUUCAGACAACUCUUGGCAACUGUAAGGAGCUGGCUGCAGCAUUGAAGGUGAGGCAGGUAUGAAAAUAUGUACCAAUUCUGACCAAAGAGAUGUGAGGAAAAGUUUCCUGCAGAUUUCUGGAAAGGUUUUCCUCAAAGAUAAAAAUGGGAAGCUCUGCCCUUUCUCCCACUGUCCACAAAGAAUGAAGCCUAAACUCCAGUGCCACUGUUGACAACAACCAUGAGGUCAUUCAGCCUUAGGAGAAAACCACAUUGCUGGUAACCAAGUGAAAAGGGAGAAUUUCACAGUGCGAAUUUUGAACUCUGCUUGGGAACCUCUUUGAAGAUCAGCCAGAAGAUGAUGGAAGUGCAAAUAACAUGCAGAAGCUCAAGGCUGUCCUUCUGUAGUUCAUGCUGAGCCGGCAGUCAUUCUCCCAACAUGACAGAAGUCAGAUUACCCUGAGCAUCAGCCUUUUACAGCACAGAACAUGGGACUUCAUUAAAUCUCAGCAUUUGCAUAUUCAUGAAGUACCUGUGAGUUUGGACAGAGAAGAUGCCUAUAUCAUACAGAGUAAGGUUUGAUGGGGUAAAUAUUUAGCAUGUGGCCAAGCAUGAUGUGGCCACAGUGGGCUUCUCCCUUCUUCUGAAGGCCUCGACACUACUAAGACAGUGGUAGGGUCGAGGCUAAGAAAGGCCUCGACACUACUCUGGGAAUACCAAAGGACAGCUUGUUGAGUGAAGUGUAAGUAUCCAGUCACUAAGGCAGUGACAUGAAGCUGAUCUCUUGAUUGAGUCCCAAACAGCUCUGCCUGAUCUCCACAUGUUCUCGCAUCUUCUUCAUAAAUACAUUUAUAUAAUUCUUCAAGUUCCACCAAAUAGACGGAGACACACACUGGCAAAAAGAUCCAUCCAGUUCUUGGUGUUGUCAGCCUGCCCGUCACAUUCCAGCAACAAACGACCUUCGGGGUUUGAGGACACCUCCCAACAGUAGCACCAGCUUCGCUGCCUUGUUCCCUCUGAACCUACAAAGCCUAAAGCUCUCAGCUUAUUUUACCCUCUAGUCCCUUCGAACUUGAGUUCUAAUGUCUUGGCCAUUGGUUUCUCUCUUCAUUUGAUUUGAAUCAUACUUGCAUCUAUCAAUGUCUCUUUGUCCCCCUCAACUCAUCCUCUGACCUUGUUGGUAGACAACUCCCCAUGAAUCCCUCAGGUUUCUGCCCAUCUUGUGACAUCAUUUGUCUGGAAUAUCUUUUCGAGGAUGUUUGUGUAGCAAAUAGCCUUGGAAAUAUAGUAUUUCCCCUCAGUGCAGAGGGCAGAUUUCUUUGCCGUCUAAGAUAAACACAAUGGUUUUCUCCCGAACAAAGUUUGGGCAAGUCUGCUAGCGGCACUUUAAUAAGAUGGAGGGUCCUAGGCUCAUAGUUCCUUAGUUGUGCAGGUAGGGUCCUCCUGGGUCUGCUUCUGCAUCAUUCCCAUAGAGCCUGGGGCAAGGAGAACCGAUGCAAACGCGAAGCCCAUGAUGCCUGCUGCUCUAUGAGUAAUAAAUGUCUUUGUCCCUGACCUAAAGUCUUGUGUCUUCUGCUCGUGUCUAUGAAACUGCGGCACGCUGACUUGUGAGCUUGUAAGUGGGGUGAAGUGUGAUGUUACAGUUCUCGAUAUGCUUCAGUUGACAUAAGCACUGUGGCUAGCAUUUUCUAGCUGGGGUUUCCUAGCAUUUGUGUCCUUUUCCUAAUUUCACCCUGAUUCCCUCUUCAGAAUUCUGUAUUCCCUAUUGGAUGCUAUCUGAGGAAUAUAAUUUGAUGUUCUGUCCUCUCCCACCUAAGAGAUGGGAGCAUAACCCAAGCUAAACAUGCUGAAACUUAAACAGAAUGACAGAAACAAUGAAAACAAUUAGCAUUCUUUAUCCCAGCUCCCUAAGCAAAUACUUCCUGCUAUUUCUGAAUAUCCUUUUCCUAAAAUCUAUAGAUAACCUGAACUCUGCCUGUGUCCUAACCAGUUUUGUGACACUUCCCAUGAAUUUUGUGAAUUUCUAAUAUUCACCACAUACAUUUCCUUUGGCUUGAGUUACUUCUGUCUCCUUCAACCAAAGAUUUCUAGAAUAAGCAGCCUGGGUCUAGCACCCUGGAAGUCAUAACGUGUUUCAUAUGUGUGCGGAUUGCCUUUUCACACAACAUGGUUACCCUUCACUACAGUUUGGGAUUUGGAAACAAGACAAUAUUAGACACAUAAAUAAAAAGAAUAAAGGACUCUAAAUUUCUAGAUUUUGUAGAUCUUUUCUCUGUCCACAAACUUAUUUCAAAGCAUUAAUUUAGUAUCUACUGAGCACCUCCUUUAUACAAAAACUGCUAGGAAUAUGGCAGUGAACAAAAGAGAAAACGUCUCUUUUCUCAUAGAGUUUACAAUCUUAUUCUAUUCUAUAUCCUAUUUUUACUCUUUCUUUAAAAAGAGGCUGUUAAAACAUAAAUGCUUUGUGGGCAUAAACCUUGUGCGUUUUUUGUUCAUCACUUUUAUUGGUGACUAGUUAUUAAGUGUCUGACAAAUAUUUACUGACUAAAUACACAAAUCUCACUUCCAAUGAGAAGUUGCUAACACUGAAACAUCUGCAUUUUUGGUCACAAAUAAUUGCCCAAGACAAAGACUAAGAGCAUUAGAACCCAAAGGGAUGAAGGGAUAAAGUUCUCUUUGUAUUUAAACGAGGGCAAUUUAAAGGUCUUAAGUUAGUAUCAGUUUGACAAAUUCUCAACGUCUGAUGGACACUGAAAGCCAUUCUUUAUUAAAUAAGAAUUUGCUAGAAACUAAAUAUGAUUACUAUUAAAGAGAACAAAUAAUAAGUAUGAGAAAUAUGAAUAAUAAAAUAAAUGGCAUUUUUUUGCACAAAUCAAAUGAAAUAGAAUUCAGAACUUUAAGACAAAACCAUAGUCUUAAUUAAUUAGUUUAUACAAUCUCAUCUUGCUUUCUCUUUUAGAGCCUCCAUUUUUGUUUUAAGAUCAUAUCUUCAUUUGUCUUUCAUUCUGGUACUCAUUUUUUAAAUUUUUUGUCAUCAGUUUUAUUUCAUUUUUAGUGGGCUUUUUUUUCUCACAUGUCCAACUGUUUUUAUUGCAGCUUUCUAUUAAAAUCUACAUCGAAUGAAUUAUUACCAGGUCUCAGAUCAGAUGCGUGUUAUUAUUGUACCAGGAGAACUUCUGGUGGAUUCUUAGAGAAAGGGUCAAGGAGUGACGUAUCUGUGAUGUGGAGCAGGGCUGACAGCCUACACUUACCUUGUUGCUUCCCUGAAAACCACUGAUAAAAGGUUUGCUACAUAAUUAAAGGACAAAUGGAUAAGUUUUCUCGAUUUUAGUGACAAUUACUAGGUUCUUCUUAAAAGAAUAAACUGAAUUCAACUUAGCUGUCUCUGGUUACAAAGAGGUCAGGUCAGGUUAUCAGCUAAAAGCAAUCCAACAGUCAGCCACAUAUGUUCUAAUAAAUGUUGAAUAAUUGGCUUGUUUUUCUGUUAUAUUCAAUACACGCUAAGUGAAUGGAACAGAUGGGAAAGCAGUGAUAAGAGAAUACAUACUAUUUUUUACUGAGUUUGAUCACUCUUAGAGCUUGGGUAAGCUCAGUAUGUUUUAACAAGUGGACCAAAAUAGCAGAAUUUAAAUAUUUCUCCCACAGCUGUUUCUGAAUGAAAAGAAAGUGCCAUGAAAGGAAUAGUAACUGAAUACUUACUAUGUAUGAAAUAACCCAAAAGAUACAAAGAUGAGUAAGACUCAAUUCCUGUCUGAAAGAAGAUUGCAGUGGGAGAAAAGGAGACAAUAUGUUUCACACAAUGCAGAAAAAGAACCAUAAAAGUAUGAAAUACGACAGUAAUUUAAAAAGCACUUCUCUGUGGUUGGGAGACUGGGACAAAGAUCAAUGUGAGCAGAGAAACAGCUCUGGAGGAGCAUAGAGGGUUCUAGCACAAGCAACUGAGUCCGUGGGGAUUGGGGAGCAGAGGGUUUGCUGUGUGGCCAGUGGCAGGUGGGGGCGGGGAAGGGAGUGGUAGCAGAAAUGGAGGCAGCAGCAGCAGCAGCAGCAGCAGGAAAGACAGGUGAGAGAGAGUCUGUGCAAGGCUUUCUGUGCCAUUCUUUAAGACAUGAUAGAUCUUGGUUUCCAGGAGCAAACCGUCCUCAGAGCAACGUUCUCAAAAGAUCACUGGCGCCUACCUGAAGGACAGACCGCUGAGGAGACAGACUGAAGGCUGGCUGGAGUCUGUGACCAGAAGAGGGCCAAGCUUUAAGAGAUGCAUCUCAGUUUGCAUGGCUGACUUGUGAGCUUGUGAGAAGGCACAACACAGAGGAGAGGAGUGCUGGAGGGACUUCUGGCAGACCAGGUGAGGCCCUAAACAAUGAUGGUGGGAUGGUGGAGACAGGCACAAGAAUAGGAAUGUCCAGAGAGUUAAGAGUUAGAGUCCCCCGUUAAGGACUGCUUCCUGAGGCACGAUGACUCUGCCGUGCAUUUUCUAACCCAUGUUUUUUUGUUUUUUGUUUUUUUUUUAUUUUUAUUUUUGGGACAGAGAGAGACAGAGCAUGAACGGGGGAGGG